AUGGGUUCAUUCAAUAAAUUGUUAAAUAUGGUCACCGGCCUGAAAAAGCGCUAUGACAUCGGUAAUCAGCUUAAAGAAAUCAAACAACGCGCACUGGAGGUCAGCGAUCGGCGAAAACGGUAUAAGAUGGAUACCUCCUCUGCAAAGUCUGUUGUAAUUGAUCCCAGGUUGCCUGGGCUGUUUCAAGAGGCUGAGAAACUCGUGGGCAUCAACACCCAAAGAGACAAGAUUGUUAAGCUGCUCACUAGCGGCACCAACUUGUACCAGCAGAAGGUUCUGUCCAUUGUUGGCUCUGGAGGAUUAGGCAAGACUACGCUUGCUAAGCAGCCACUUGAUGCUAAUGACUUGCAAGAUUUGUUCUUGUCAAGGAUUUUUAAGGAUGAAGUUGAUUUUCCCCAAGAGUUGAAGCAAGUUACCACCGACAUACUGAGAAAAUGUGAUGGUUUGCCACUGGCAAUAGUAAGCAUAGCCAGCAUGUUAGCAACCAAGCCAGCAUCAAGGCAGGAGUGGGAAAGAUUUAAAAUUUUACGUGUCCUUGAUAUUGAGGGUUGUUCUUCUGCUCAGAACAGUGGUUACCCUGAGAGUAUUUGUACCUUAGUUCACCUGAGGUAUUUAAGACUCGUUGAUAGCAGCAUUAAAAGGUUAGAAGGAGAUAUUGGAAGGAUGAAGUCAUUGAAAACUUUGGACCUCAGCUUAACCCUAAUAGAACAGUUGCCAGCUGGAGUUACUAAACUAAAACAAUUGGUGCACCUAUUUGUCCCUUUUACUGUCACAUUGCCAAAAGGCAUUGGUAAGAUGGAAGCUCUUGAGGAGCUAUCAGUAUUGAAUGCAAUCAAAACCUCUCCAGAAGCUCUGGAAGAACUUGAGAAGUUGGAAAAAUUGAAGUUUGAGGACGUGUGGCAUCUUUCUGGAUCAGAAGAGCUUUGA